AUGCUACACAUGUUGUCGAAUGCACUCGCAAUUUUGGCCCACUUCACGAUUUUUGGACCUUCCUAUUCAAACAUGCUGAACAAAGUCCUCAAAUCAUUCAAGACCAAUAAUCAUGCAAAUGGCGAGUUGGAGACAGCAUUCUUCACCGAGUUUCAGAGGACAUGUCACAUAGGACGGAUGACUUUUUCUUUACUCAAUCACGGCAAGACAUCACUUCCGUGCACGGUUGCAGAAAUCAUGCUGAAAGCCUUGAAUGAAGAACGAGGUACAGUCGCUGGAUUGACGGCGCUAUCCAAAGACCUCAAUGAUGUAAAUGCUGAUGCCAGUCAAUCCUAUGCCUUGAGUCCCCGCCAUCAGAAGACAUCAAUGACGACAGAUACUUAUCAACUUCUCACUCAAACACUCUGCUUCCGAUACCCUCUGGCACCAGUUCACUGCCUCUGUGAUCGCCCUGUUGUCCCUCACAGCUUCCCGCUUGAUUGCACUGCUAUUUUUUUCAACUAUGUGGUCAUCAAGGGGAAACGUUACUACGCCUCUCGUACUGUCGGAUCAAACCGUUCUUCCUUUGUUCAUGUUGUUAUCCCUGCUGACAAUCCUAUUCAUCUAUACGGCGAGGUCUUAGAAAUUUUCCAGGUCGAUCAGUCUUGGCGUAGACAUGUGCAAUCACUCUGGUUUGUGCGCGUUCGUUGGUUCAAACCAUGGCAGGGUGAUGCGGGAGUGGUAUGGGAUAAAUUCGCCGAGUCCGUAAGCGUGCGGCUGUGGACACUUGGAGAGUACCUAGAAGACGAAGUUCAGUUACCCUGGCUCAUUGAUCCUGACUGGAUUAAUGGUAUGGGCAACUAUUAA